GGGCCGCGACGUCGUCGAGCGGUGGCCGUGGCAGCCCCCGCGCAGUCGUCGUUCGUCCGCCUUCCUCGCCGCAGUGCAGCCCGCAGCACGGCACAGCGUCUCGGCGGUCAGGAAGCGCGCGCGGCGAUAGCAGGCGUGCCUCUUCUCCGGGCGGCGCUGCCACUUCCGCGACCGAACGACAGCAGCAGCAGCAGCAGCAGCAGCCAACACACGUGCACCACCAAUAGCCACCGUGCAUAAACAAGGCGUGGACCUGAGCAGCCUGAGCGGCGGCGCGACCGGCGGCGGCAGCCGAUAGCAUCGUCCGCCGCCGGCCACCCGCAAGCACGGGUGCACCGCCGUCCUUGAAGCUGGCCCACGCGCCCGGUGAAGCGGCGCGCAGACCCGCCGUGGCCGUCGCGACGACGCCUCUUCCCGCUGCCCGGCGACGACGAACCUCGCUUUCGGAUGGCCUGCCGCUCGGCAUUCGCGGCUCUGUGGCUGACAGCGCUGGCGUGCUGCUUCUGCUGCUGCGGGGCGACCCGGCCAUCGCCGACGCGACCGCACGGCUUCAAGACGAUGCGCAGCGCGCGAGGACCCCCGCCAGGCGGUCGCACGCCGCCGACCACGGGCCGGCCCGUCGUCUACCCGACGUCCGGAGAGCUGAGGCCGCGGCUCGACGCGCACGGCAUGCCGGCCUGCACCGCCCGCGGGCUGGGCGAGAGCGCAUACUGCGUCGAGGACGCCUCUUACCCGACGGAGAUCAUACGGAACGUGCUGCAGAGCCUGAAUGUGGAUCUGAGCGACAAGGAGAUCCUGGCGCGGCAGCCCCUGAACCACGAGGACAGCAUUGACCAGCGCGUGUGCCCGACCAAGCGCAAGACCAUCUACCCCAAGACCGCGCGCAGUGCCGACCACGAAUGGCUGUACGUGGUCAACGACGUCGAGUACGCCCAGGCCGUCACCAUCGAACUCUGCGCGGACCCGGAGUCGGCGUGUGACUUCGUGUCCAGAGGCCUCCCGCCGGGCUACUCGUCCGCGUGCCGACAGAACUACGCUUACCGCAAGAUGCUCGCCAUGCACCCGACCGAGAAGAAGGCGUACGCCGAGAACUUUCCCUUCCCGUCGUGCUGCGUCUGCUACGUCAAGUUCCCGCCGCUGGCCGGACGCAGCCUGAACCCGAGCCGCCGCCGCCGCAAUUGAUAACGGCAGUGGACAGUCUUGGACAUGAUGGACGGGGCCUGCUCACGCCCCUUCCUUCUGCGCUGUUCUAGGCGCGCCAUCGCUUCGAAAUGACAAGCAUGUAGGACCUCGGCCUCGUGGCCUCCCAGGCCGACAUCAUAUGAGGCCGAACGUGGUGCCCCCCCCCCCCCUUCCCCCUCUACUAUUCGCCUAAAAUAGGCCUUGAGACGCUCUUGCCGGACACGUCCCGCGAAUCAACCUCUCGCGACCUUUUUGUCACUUCUGUUGCACCACGAUGUUUUCUGCUGCAUCGCUGAAGACGAAGGAGGCCACUAUUGCCCGGUAUCCUUGUACUGUAUUGUGGAGUACGUUCACAUGCUUGGCGCCGCAUUCAUGACACGUCUUGGACAUAAGGACUUAUGUCGUGGACGUGUGGAAAAAAGGCUCAUGAAGGAGGCGCUGCUUCAGGCGCCCCACUGUUUUUCUGCUUCAGUGGGAGCAUGCAUACUCUGCACGUGCUUUUCUGGGCGAACACUGCGCAAGAUGCUCCUUCGUAAAAAAGAAAAUAAUCUACCUUGCGAGAGCGUUUUCAUUUGCUACCGCGCAUAAAUACACUGAACCACCUGUGACCGCACAAGUUCCCUGCGCGUUGCCCCGUAUUACUGCUUGAAGCGCCAUAUAUCUGGGUACAAGAACGGCUGCGUUAAGGCGAAUCGUCGUAAUCCUGACCACCAAAGCGCUCCAGAGCUCAGAAGUGUGUGGAAAAACGGUGAAGAAAACUGCAGCCAAAUAACGAUUUCCUGCUGGAUUCUAGUCCCGGCGCUCAGCUGUGUCUGCAAUCUGUGCUUUAUCUGUGGCGUAUUCAUCAUCAUGCACAUCUAGCAGCGCCUCUCGUAUCGUCGUCCGCUGUUUCUACAGGACUUCUAGCAUGUAUGCCUCAUCGGCGGAUCGCCACGGUGAUGUUGGGUAUAUUAAGCCAUCUGCACGUGCCCUAUACAACAUCGUAUGCUCAAAUAAAACAAGAGAGGUGUCAU